AUGUAUAGUAGUUUUCAACUACAAGUGGAUGUAACAGGUUGUAACGGUACUAAUACCACAAAGUUACUUAUACCAAAAAAUUUACCACCAGAACUGAAUAAUGUUUUAACUUUCGAAGAAUAUUUGUUUAUUGUAAAAAAAUUUAAAAUAAUAAUAGUUAUAGCUUUAGCUUUACCUAAGGUUUUGAAAAAACAAUUAGAAAUUGGACUUUUUGUAUUCAUUAUUUUAUGUAGUUUAGCUGUUUUAGCUUUUAUUGUAAUUUUUACUUUCUUUUUACUUUCUCGUCUCUUAAUAAAAAAUACAAUCAAAAAAUUAAAUUUACUAUAUACUGGCAGGGAUUUUUACCUUUCAAGUGAAAAAAUCGAAAGAUUAACUAGAAUUAAUAUAAACUAUCGCAAUGUCCAAAAUUUAACUACACAUCAAUCACAAAAGGAACCACAACCAUCAAGUAUUGGAAUUGAAUUUCAUUCUUUUUCCAAUUUGUAUCCACCAGAAACUAGUUUAGAUCAUCAAACUUCCCCAUCAGAAAUGGAAACCCCAGACUACAAUAAUAUAUAUUAUAAUACAAGAUACGAAGAUGCGUGUGAUAACAUUCCAUAUGAUGCUUUUGAUGAUGAUAUAAAAAAAUAA